CUUGCACCUCAUCUGCAACACCUUUUUUGUUGUUGUUUCUUUAAAAUGACCUUCCAAGGUUGUUGACCUACCUACCCCCACGUGCUAAUGAACUUUGAAGAGGGGUUGUUCUGCCAAGAAAGGCAAGCGGGGUCAUUCUGCCGACAUUCUCCGCCUACUGUAAAAACGUGUUGAUGCUUAAAAAAAAAAUCCAAUUCUCCCUCUGUCCAAACAUUUUUUGAUUAGCAAGGCAUAACCACUUCUUAAGCCCAGUCUAAUCGUACUGGUCCGACUUCCAAGAAUUAUGGAUCACGGACUCAAAGCUAUCAAGUACGAAAGCGGCAAGCUUCUCGUCCUUGAUCAGCUAAAACUCCCGCAUGAGUUCGUCUACGACAAUGUAUCGACGUGUGAAGAGGCAUUUGACUGUAUAAAAUCUAUGCGCGUCAGAGGAGCUCCUGCAAUUGCAAUUGUCGCAGCACUGGCUCUGGCGGUUGAGCUGUGGCAUAAGAAGGAUGAUGCUAGUACGAAGCAAAAUCUCGUGGAAUAUAUCAAUCGGAAAUUGGACUACCUGAUGGAAAGUAGACCAACGGCCGUCGACCUUUCCAACGCCAUCAGACUUCUCAAGACACAGACCCAGAAAGCUGCAGCUGAUACGACUACAUCCGACGAAAUACAAGCAUGUGAUAGUAUACGAACGCGGUUCGUCCAGGUUGCGAAGAAAAUCUUUGAUGAUGAUCUUGCCACGAACCAGAGAAUCGGAAUGUGGGGAGCAGAGUACCUGAGAGCAUUGCAACCGCCAGUGACCGAUGCCGUUGCUGCCAGUAACGACUUCAGGUACUAUACUACAAGUCCACCUGGUACUCAGGGGGCUUCUGAUCAGACGUAUAGAAAGAUCAGCGUCCUGACACACUGCAAUACUGGCUCUCUUGCCACAUCUGGUGUCGGUACGGCUCUAGGUAUAAUUCGCAAACUCCAUGAUAUGAACUACCUGGACCACGCGUACUGCACCGAAACCAGACCUUACAACCAAGGUUCCCGCCUCACAGCCUUCGAACUAGUAUACGAGAAGAUCCCCUCCACGCUCAUAACCGACUCCAUGGCCGCCUCCCUCUUCAAAACCUACAAAGACGAAAAGAACAUCACUGCCGUAAUCGUAGGCGCCGACCGCGUAGUCCGAAACGGAGAUACUGCUAACAAAAUCGGAACCUACCAACUCGCCGUCCUCGCCAAAGCCCACGGCAUCAAAUUCGUCGUCGCUGCUCCAACCACUAGCAUUGACCUCGAGAAGGAAAAUGGCGAUCUGAUCAAGAUCGAGAAUCGAGCUCAAACAGAACUCACUCAGAUUAGCGGAGCGGUGGUGGGUAAGGAUGGUAAGGUGGACGUCAACAAUACCGCUAGGGUAGCUAUUGCGGACCAGAGAAUCAAUGUCUGGAAUCCCGCGUUUGACGUUACGCCCUAUCAGCUCAUUGAUGCUAUUAUCACAGAACAUGGACCGGUGCCAAGGAACGCGAAGGGGAAGUUUGAUUUCAAGGCUAUCAUGCCGGAGAGGUGGAAGGUGCAAGUUGAGGAUGGAGAGGCGGUUGUGAAUGUGGCGGGGACGGCGGUGAAAAUGAACGGCAGUGAUGGGUUGCAGUUCCAGAUGGAGGGGGUUUAGUAACGAGACGAUUUGGGAUGAGAUGAGAUGAAUUCUUGUUGAUAUUGAAAAUGGUUGGCUUUACAAAAGGGAUCAUGGAUAGAUGAGUGUCUUCGGACUUUUCUAGGAUACUUUAAUUCAGACAUUGAGUGACAAGUCUGUUCUGUUAGUGAUGAUCCG